ACCCGACCCGCAGCUCCUCUGAACGCAUCCAGUGAGAGAAAAGCAGCACAAACACAUCGCCAUACAGUGAAUGAGCGCGCGCGUUCUCAACUAACCAGCAACUCAUGCAGAGGAGUGCGAGCGCGUCUGUGGAGAGCGCGUUUAGAUGAGAGCUAGAGGGCGGCUGCGCAUCGCUCCACACCUCCAGUCCCGGGACCCUCUCCUGAUCUCUCCGUGAGGAGCGCACGCAGAAUUUGGGACGCGUAACGGCGUCGGUCCUCCGUUCACCGCCACAGCAGCUCCUCCGUAACGGCCGAAGCAAACCGAAGAAGGAACGAAUACUCCGCGCUGAGGAGUUUCCAAACUCCGAAGUCAUGGGGAAAAACAAACAUCAGAGAUUUAGAUUGGGAUUAGUGCUUCUCUUUCUGUGGGGUCUGCUCCAAAUAGUUGACGCGCAAGGUGAUGAUGACUUCCUGUUGGGGUUGGGUGAGCUGCCGGAGACCUUCCCCAGCGACCCUCCAGAGCCCCUCCCACACUUCCUGCUGGAGCCGGAGGAUGCUUACAUCAUCAAGAACAAAGCUGUCAAUCUCUACUGCACGGCCACGCCUGCCGCUCAGAUCUACUUCAAAUGCAACGGCGAGUGGGUCCAUCAGAGAGAGCACACCAUAGAGGAGCGGGUGGACGAGACGUCGGGUUUGGUGGUGAGGGAAGCGCGGAUCGAGAUCUUCCGGCAGCAGGUGGAGGAGUUGUUUGGUUUGGAAGAUUACUGGUGCCAAUGUGUCGCCUGGAGUUCCGCAGGAACCACCAAGAGCCGCAAGGUGCACGUCCGCAUCGCAUUCUUGAGGAAGACGUUUGAGCAGGAACCCUUGGGGAAGGAGGUGUCACUCGAACAGGAAGUGCUGCUGCAGUGCCGCCCACCCGAGGGCAUACCGCCUGCUGAGGUGGAAUGGCUGAAGAACGAAGAGAUUAUUGAUCCUGCAGACGAUCGGAAUUUCUACAUCACCAUCGAUCAUAACCUGAUCAUCAAACAGGCACGGCUUUCUGACACCGCUAACUACACCUGCGUCGCUAAGAACAUCGUUGCUAAGAGACGAAGCACCACGGCUACAGUGAUCGUCUAUGUUGACGGCGAGUGGGCCGACUGGAGCAAGUGGUCGCCGUGUAACACUGAGUGCACGCAGUGGAGGAAGAGAGAGUGUAACGCUCCUGUGCCUCAGAACGGAGGGAAGGACUGUGACGGAGUCACACUACAGUCACAGAACUGCACUGAUGGACUCUGCCUACAAACUGCACCGGGGGGAGACGAGGUGGCGCUGUACGUGGGUAUCGUCAUGGCGGUGGUCAUGUGUCUGAUCGUCUCUGCUAUCGUGGCGCUGCUUGUGUACCGCAGAACUCAUAGACGCUUUCACUCCGACAUCAUGGACUCAUCUGUGCUGAACGGAGGAUUCCAGCCUGUCAGCAUCAAACAAGCACGCUCAGCAGAUUUGCUGGCCGCAACCCCUGAUCUGUCCACAGCAGCGGCACUGUAUCGCGGUCCUGUAUAUGCCCUUCACGACAUCUCAGACAAAAUCCCCAUGACCAGCUCCCCUCUGCUGGAGCCGCUGCCGCUUCCCAACCUCAAGAUCAAAGUCUACAACUCCUCCGGCACGGUGACCCCUCAGGAGGACAUGACCUCUGACCUCUCCGCCACCCUGUCCCCCAAAGUCACCCACUCUCUUCUGGAGAGCGACUCCAUGACCCUGCGCAACCAGACGCUGGCGCGCGCACGGGACCCCACGUGUACGGCGUUAGGGUCGUUUAACUCGCUGGGAGGUCAUCUGAUCAUACCCAACUCAGGUGUUAGCUUGUUGGUUCCAGCCGGUGCGAUUCCUCAAGGUCGUGUGUAUGAGAUGUUUGUGACCGUACAGAGGACAGAGAGCUUGAGGCCUGCGGUCGGUGACAGGGAGGCUGUGCUCAGCACUGUGGUCAGCUGCGGUCCCGCGGGUGCCCUGUUGACCCGUCCCGUCAUCCUCACUCUCCACCACUGCGCACACGCCCACUCCGACGACUGGCAAAUCAUUCUCAAGAGCCACACGCAGCAGGACCAAUGGGAGGACGUAGUCGUGGUUGGAGAGGAGAACUUCACAACUUCCUGUUACGUGCAGCUGGGGGAGGAGGCGUGUCACAUCCUGACCGAGACGCUCGGUUCCUACUGUCUGAUUGGCCAGAGCGUCUGUCCGUCAGCAGCUAAGCGAAUCAAACUGGCCGUGUUUGGUCCUGUAGUCACAGCAGGUGUAGACUAUCACAUCCGAGUGUACUGCCUCGACGACACGCAGGACACACUCAAAGAGGUGCUGCAGAUAGAAAAACAGAUCGGCGGAAAACUGCUGGAUGAACCAAAGUCUCUGAACUUCAGUUACAGCAACCACAACCUGAGACUGUCAAUACAUGACGUUCACUCGCAGUGGAAGAGCAAACUACUCACCAAAUACCAGGAGCUGUCUUUCUCUCAGGUGUGGAGUGGAUCGGUGCGGCGGCUGCAUUGCUCCUUUGCUCUGGAGCGUCAGAGCGUGAGUGUGUGUGAGCUGUGCUGCAAGCUGUGCGUCAGACAGGUGGAGGGAGAAGGUCAGAUCUUCCAGCUCUACACCACCCUGAGCGAGGACGUCCAGAGCAUCGACACGUCCCUGAUGGAUCCAGGCAGCAGUAUCACGGUUCUUGCAGGUCCGAGCGCGUUCAGGAUCCCGGUCAGCAUCAGAAGCAAACUGUGCAGCAGCCUGGACGUCCCGCACACACGCGGAAACGACUGGAGAAUACUGGCACACAAACUCAACCUGGACAGGUAUCUCAACUACUUUGCGACUAAGACGAGUCCGACCGGAGUGAUUCUGGAUCUCUGGGAAGCUCAACACUUCCCGCACGGAAACCUCAACCAGCUCGCCACUGUUUUGGAGGAGAUGGGUCGCCAUGACAACAGCAUCGCCGCCGCCAUGGCCAAGGAACAGUGACCCUCACAUCAAUGACGAUGUCCAGCUCAAGUUGUGUUGCCACUCCAUCAAAAACCGAGACGCUGACGCGGCAUCUUAUUCAGUUUCUUGAAACGUGCUCCGCUGCCGUCAGUGGAUGUGGAUGCCGCCAGUUUGGGGUCAAAGGUGAAGCAGGAACAGGGUCGAGACGCUUCAGGCUCGACAGCAGAAAUCUCCCACUGUAUCAUCCUCUAGUCACUGAAUUUUGUGGUGCCAUCUAGUGGUUGCAGAAACAACAAACGCUCAUGUAAUAUCAUAUUUUGAGACAUGAAUACAGUAUUUAGUGCGAGUACCUUAAAGUGGCCUUUAAAAUCCAGUUACCGUUCAGAUGCGAUUUGAAUUGUAUUAUUUUUGUAACGCGGGUACAGUAAAUAUGUUUGUUUGUUGAACAAAAGUGCACGUGAGCACUCGCCAGGGAUUGGAGAAUCAUGUCAGACGUAGUUUUUUGAUUUUCUGGAAUGCAAUGUUUCAUCACGCUGUAAUAAUGAUGAUCUUUCACUCGUUCUGCAUGGGCUGUUUGUGUUGUGCAUCAUCAGUGUUUCACGUCUCGCUCUACCAGACGCUUUACUUUAACAAGAGCACACUU